CUCUCUCUCUCUCUCUCUCUCUCUCUCUUUCUCUCACAAACGCAUACACACACACAGUUAUGAUGGCGUAAAAAUGCCUUUCCAAUAUUUUAAUGCGUAUUUUUUUCCAUGAAGGAUUGUUGCAUUUUCUUUGCUUCAAACAAAUCCAGAAUCUUGCUCAGCACUGAACAGGUACGCUAAACAUGGUGAGGAGUCAAGAGGAGAACACAGGACAUAAAAGGAUUUGUUGUGAGGGGGAAGAGAAAGAAUAUGGAGACUUUGUGUGCAACCAUUCACCCAUUCCUGGGGCACUGGCAUUGAACAUGAAUGGAACAAAGUCUCCAACAUCAGCUCUUACAGCACUCAAUGUGGAAGUAUGUAGCCCUACUGUAAAUACUGAGCAACCAUCGUCUUUUCCAAAAGGUACAAAGGCUCAGAAAAAAAACUCUGACAAGACAUACCUGGGUGUCAGAGUAAGAAUGCCAGUAAAAGAUAUGCUCAGAGAUAUUCGCAUAGCUAAGGGCAUGGACCCAAAAGACAUGCAGAAGAAAGAAAACAAAGGAGCAAAAGGGGAUAAAAAACGAGUGAAUAUAAGUAGUAGUCGGAAAAAUAGGCUGAAGAACUGGCAAACAAAAGGUUUGGAAGAGCUUGGCAUAAUAGUGGAGGUGUUGGAAGAAGACCUUAAGACUUGUACUGCCAGACAGUCAAGUAACUACCUGCCCACAUUUUCCUCAGAGCUGGGAAACAACUUCUGGGUUGAGAACAUACCUCAGCAAGGGCUUUCAGAUGAGUCACCUACAAUGCCAAGUUGUUAUGCGGCCACUAAAAAGUCUCCAAUGCAGUCUGUGGAACUGUAUUGCUCUGCUUAUUCCCAGGCUGCUUCUCUGGACACUAAGGUCAAAAUCACCAAUAGGGAGUCAGAUCAUGAAACAGCCUGCACUCCAAGUGACAGUAAAGUGCAUGUUCCAUGCCCAAAAGAAAUUUAUUUCAGCACUAUGAUGGACUGGUGGGGUUCAUCAUAUGAAAUAGGAAAUCCAUUAAAUUCAUGCUCAGUGCAGGAGCAGUGGAACAGCAUGACAUCCUUCUGGACCCAGUUGGAAAGAGAGUUGCAUCUACUGAACAAUAUUUCCAACCAAGAGCUUCUUACUCAGGAUGACAAUGGAAGAUCACUCCUCCACCGAGCUAUUGAUGAGGGGAAACAAUCUCUUGUGUAUGUUAUUUCCAGACGGAUGACAGAUUUAAACAAGCUGGACAUCAAAGAUGCAGCGGGAAGGACACCUCUCCACAUAGCUGCACAGAAAAAUCAGCAUCUCGUGGUUGCUGAUUUAAUUUCUCUUGGAGCAAACGUUAAUGAACGUGAUAAAUAUGGAAAGACAUGCCUGCAUCUCUGUGCAGAAUAUGGAUACAUCAAAGUUUUAGAGGUCUUAAAAAGCUGCAUAAAAAAUGGAACAUAUAUAGAUUUGGAUGCCAGGGAUGUAAAUGGGCUCAGUGCACUGCAGCUUGCAUCAGUAACCUUGAAGAGCAUAGUGGGUGAUUUGGAGAAGAGUGUGACAAUGAGCCAGGCCAGGGUGCAUUCCCUACGUAAGGAGCAGAUGAUGGAAACCCUCAAAUGUCUUCUGCAGAUGGAAUGCAAUCUGCAGUGCUUGAAAUGAAGAAAUUAUGUUGUGUUGCCUGUGAUUGUCCUGUCUUCCUGGUCAAUUAGAAGUGGUUGGUUCAGUUCCACAACUACUUUGAGCGGGAUCGGCGGGUGUCGAUCAUGGCAAUGCUGUUACCUGACGGUAAAUGUUUUUGGGUGAAUACAAGUUUUAACCUGCCACAGAAAAACAGGUAUAUUUAAAAGUUUUAUUGUGGUAAAGUUAAACCUAUGUAUUAUGCAACCAGAGCAAGUUAUUGUAACAAGAGCUUUUUUAAGUCCUUUUUCUUAAUAACAUAAAUGGUUGUGAGUCAGCUGGUUUCUGUGAAACUUCCACCGUUUGUUAUGUUAAAAUAGCAAAUCAGUUUUAAAAAGUGAUAUGUAGUGAACUAUAAUUCUGUUUGUUUCCACUUUAUUAGGUAAGGAUUUUUUUUUGUGUGUGCUCUACGAGCAAAAACCAAAAAUAUGUCAAUGCACUUUGUACAGAAAUACAGAAUGAUAUUAGCAUAAGGUUCAUUUUUAAUAUUUUAUGUGCUACUUACAUGUUUAGAGUAACAAACAUCAACUAAAUUUGUAACGCUUAUCUUCAAGGCCAAAUAGAACAUAAUAAAUGAUACAUUAUAAAAUAAUACAUAAUUAAGUGAUAGAGAAUGUCCAGUAGUCCAGGAUAUGUAAAAUGUUGGCAUUACUUGUCUUUACUUUAUUUAAUUGAAAAAACUUUUUAGUCAUUACUUUGAAUGUUAGCUGAGAAUGCUUAGACAGAUCAUUUGGCCGAAAUAAUACCGUAGCAACAUGACAAGUGACUCAAACAAAGUAAAGGUUAAGUGUUCACAUCACACUGGAUUAUGGUAUGGAUGUUGGCGUCAAAUAAGAUGGCUAAGUAAUCCAGAUUUUUUUUUUUACAUACUGUACAACAG